GCUCUUUUGUUAUCAUUUGUCAUUUAGUGAAUUUAGCGAUUGGGUUGUGGUGGUUCCGUAAAAUCAGAUUAUCCAUUAAUUAAAGCCUAGCCUUAAAAAUGUCCGAGAAACAUUUACAAACUGGAGAUGUUUUGCCAGCGAACACCGGUAAAUUGAGACUGUUUGCGAUGAGAUUCUGCCCCUACGCUGAAAGGAGUGUUCUCGUUUUUAACGCAAAAAAACUGGAGUAUGACUUAGUUUUUAUAAAUUUGGAUCACAAGCCAGAAUGGAUUUUUAACUUUAGUCCGAAAGGUACCGUCCCAGCAUUGGAGUAUGAACAAGGAAAGGGUAUAUUUGACAGCAAUAUCAUCAAUGUCUAUCUUGAUGAGAAGUAUCCUGAGGUGCCUCUUCAGGCCUCUGACCCUCUAAGAAGGGCCCAGGAUAAAUUACUUGUGGAGCAGUUUGCAAGUGCUCAAUCUGCGUACUACACUGCUGCAUUUAACCCUCAAGCUGUUGAACCAAGUACACUAGAAAACUACCAGAAGGGCUUAGAAUUACUGCAAAAAGAACUUGAAACUCGUGGUACCAAGUUCCUACAUGGCGAUGAACCCGGCCUUAUUGAUUACACACUGUGGCCUUUCUUGGAGCGCUUUGAAGCCCUGCCGCUGCUUGGCAAAGCGGAGUUUGCAAUUGACAAAUCAAAGUACGAGCUCCUGGUAACUUAUAUGGAGGCAAUGAAAAAUGUGCCCGCUGUUAAAGCAUAUGCCUUAGCACCAGAAACUCAUGCCAAGUUCACUGAAUCUCGUGUGAAGGGAGAUGCCAAUUAUAAUAUGCUGGAUACUAGUGCAGUAUGCUGCAUGCGUCCCAGAAAGAAGAAGGAAUAAAUAACAACAUUACACUUCCAGAAGAUUUAUAUAUGUAACCACAAAAUACGUAUUUGGAUAGUAUACUUACUGCAGUUUAACAAAACAUGUCCCAAGAAAAUUACAUCCUUUAUGACACUUUUUCUUUAUAGUCUGUGCUCUUGUCAAAUGCACUAGAAAAAUCACUGUAAGAUUUAAACAUUUCAGGGUUCAGGAACUGCUCCUAAGAAACUGGGCUCCUGUAAGACUCACUUUUUCAGUUGUAAAAUUGUAAGACCCUGAAAUGUCUGGAUAUCUUGUCAUUUAAAGUUCAAUCAAUACCUUUUUU